AUGGCAUCAGUCGAGCCUCUACCUCCAGCCGAAUGGUAUAAGGAUGUAGCUAUUCUCAAGCUUAUUUCGGGUGGGAAUGCCAUCAAGAUCUCACAAGGCCUGGGCAUACCUCUCGCUCUCUACGACCAUUUCCGAAUGCAAUUCACGCAUUAUUCCGAAGACAAUGGUCUCUUAUCCAUGCCCAAUACCCAGACUUUUUCGGCCUCCUACGACCUUUCCAGAGCGUCACCAGACUUCCUCAAGUCUCUUUGGAGAGCCAUGCUAAAUGAUGCGAAGAAAGCCAACAACCCAUAUCGUCGUCUUCCAUCCCAGCCUCCUCCGACCACCACUAAUACUCCUGCCGCCUCUCCCCUAGAUCUCAGGCCCUCGAAGUUUCCUCAUAAUCUGCUGCCUGGUACUAACCGCAAUGACUUGGAAAAUAUCCUCGCUCGCCAGGCCCCCUACGACACAUGGCGUCGUGAUUUCCUUGCCGUAGUCUCCCCAUCAUUCGAUGAGGCAAAACACGAGAUUGUGUCGUAUAAUAUCUACGAUCAGACUGUCUGCUGCAUUGAUGGGCCUUCACCUUUUGAGUCGGUCUUGUCCCGCGCUCAGUCAUACCGACAAGCUUACAUUCCCUUCGUGGUUCGAUUGAAAGGGACGAAUGAUGGUGAAGCGUUUUUUGCUCGCGAGGACCACCGCCCUCAGCGUCCUCCUCCCCCCUCGCCCAGCGCUACUUUUCGCCUGACAACUUAUGUCAAGUCCUAUCUGCGCCGGGGUUCGGCUAUUCUUGCGCUUCCCUUCCGACCUGCUCUAGAACGCCUGGGUCAAACCGACCUCUCCAAUGAAGCCGGAGCCGAACCGAGUCCCAACUCCCCUGCUUCGGGCCUCGACCGCUCCUCCUCACAGCCUCAGAAUACCGUUGCCCCAGGACUUUCCAACGGCGGAACUCUCCUUGCCACACCGACUUCGAGCCUGGACCCUUCUGCUGCCACGGAGGCCGCUCUAGCAAGUGCAUCUUCUUCUGGUGAUAAUCCUCUUGCCGCAGGCUCUCGCCACCCAUCUCCCUCUCCAACUACCUCUAGUGAUGGGACCCUCCCACUCGAGUCGAGUCUCACCAGCGGUCCGGGAGAAGAGGAUCGAGUACCCGACUCACGUGGUCGAAAGAGGCCCGUGGUUUGUGUCCCUGACGAUGUUGAAUCUGACGACCUCUACUCCGCGACCCCUCGUCCGAAGAAGCGUCUUCAGUCCUCUCCCCCUGAGCACGAUGGUGUUACUGGUGACAUCAGUGAUACCAAUGACGAAGAAGAGCCUGCAGAAGACAUCCUUGCGAAAGAAGCAGUGCCACCCGAGCUUGAGGACGAGGAUGAUCUUAGAGUCGAAAUGUUGCAGAACCUUGAAGAUCUAGUUACCCGGCGCUGCGAGAACAUGACCCAUUCGGUAUACAAGGCCACAUGUCAGCUCUAUACGGGUGCCAAUAAGUUCACCAACGUUCAGGCGAGUCCUCGACAAAAGAUCCCACUACCGGGCACGAAGGGCAACCAUGCUUGGCUCCAGCAGCUACUCUGCUCAUUUUGGCUCCUCGUUCGUUUUAGGGUCUGUGGAGGUGCCUUUUGCUGUGAUGAUCCUGGUGUUGGCAAGACUCGGGUAUUUAUACUCGUGUACCUUACCCACCUAUUUGCCAGAAUCUGUGAAUCCUCGGUUCGGCUCUUCGAGGCUGGAAAGAGCGGCUGUGAGCAUCUACCGCCAGACGCGCCACCAGGCUCAGUCUGUCCAUCCCAGGAUCAAUUUCCUGUCCAAUGUAUCUGCGUGCCCGGCAGCCUGACCCGCUAUUUCCUUGGCAACCUGGGCCCAGCGUUGAUGUUUUGCCACAACGACGAGGGAAUUCAGACUUGGGAGAAGCAGUUUGAUGAAUUCAUCGAUGUUGACAGCGCCUUUUGGAAGAAAUGGAAUGUCAAGCCUGAGCUCUUCAUACAAGUCUCCAAGAAGACCCAUGGCUCUCGCAGAUGCCCCGACUCCUCCAAGCCUCAGUUAUGGGCGAACUGGGGUGGGCCCGGUCCUACGUAUCCCAAUCCGAAAUCCACCGCCAAGCUUGUCCUCACCAUGCCUCAGUCCUUCUUCAAGAACGUUGUCCAGGAAUUCGGCCGGCCAGCCACGCCUGCAGAGAAGGCCUUGUGGGCUGAGAAGAUGGCAAAGCGUGAUCCAGCACGGCAUGGAUUUCUCAAGCACAUUCCUGUUCCUAAAGAGUGGCCAGAUCCAAAGAAGCGCCUGGAAAACUAUCAUCCCCGUGUUUUCUGGUCUCUCGUUGGUCGUGAUGAGUUCCACCUAGAUUAUACUAUGGCCACGGCCCAGAUGAGAGCCCUCCGCUAG